AUGGAUAUGGAGGAGGCCAGGCAAUGUCGUUCUGCCAUCUUCCUCACGUCCUUCCUCUCCCUCGCCUUUCUCAUAUGGCCGAUUCCAAUGCCGGCCGCCACCAAGGAGAUGAGGUCCAUCUACGCCGGCACGAGGGUCAAGCUGGUACGGUUGGGCCGGCCGGCGUUCGGCCCUGAGAGCCUCGCUUUUGACCACCGUGGCGGUGGCCCGUACACCGGGGUUUCCAAUGGCCGCAUCCUCCAGUGGAAGGGCAAUCGCCGCCACCUCGGCUGGACCGAGUUCGCCCACAAUUACAAGCAUAGGACCGUGGUGGAGUGCGCAGCGAAGAAGAAGCUGGUGGAGCCCGAUGGCUCGUGCGGGCGGCCGCUGGGCCUGCAAUUCCACCGUGCGUCCGGUGACAUGUACAUCGCCGACGCGUACCUGGGGCUGAUGAGAGUGGGGCGAGGCGGCGGGCUGGCAGAGGUGGUUGCCACGGAGGCCGGCGGCGUGCCCUUCAAGUUCCUCAACGGGGUGGACAUCGACCAGGAGACCGGGGACGUCUACUUCACGGACAGCAGCACCAUCUACCAACGGAGUGAGUAUCUGCUGGUGGUGCUGAGCGGCGACGCGACGGGGCGGCUCAUGAGGUACGACCCACGGACGGGUGACAUCACCGUGCUCAGGUCCGGCCUGGCCUUCCCCAACGGCGUGGCCAUCAGCGCCGACCGUACACACCUCAUCGUCGCCGAGACGUCGCCAUGCAGGCUUCUCCGACACUGGCUGCACGGACCCAUGGCAGGGGAGACUGAGGUGCUUGUUGAGCUGCCGGGGUACCCAGACAACGUGCGGCCCGACGGAGGCGACCGGCGCGGGUACUGGGUGGGAUUUAACCGAGACAAGCAGUGGGAAGAGAACGGGACCACAGCCAACUCCAUGAGCGCCGUCAGGGUCGACGUCACCCGAGACGCCAAGAACGGCACGGUGGCUGUGGCGUUGCGUGGGUACGGUGACGCCACGGUUAGCGAGGUGGUGGAGCGGAACGGGUCUCUGUGGAUCGGCUCCAUCGACACGCCCUACAUCGGCCUCUUGAAGCUUGCACCUCUCUAAUGCAUAAGCGCAUGUACAAUGAAGGCCGCACUUUAGUUCUGCCCCGGUCAUCCACAUAGAUAAAUUUCAAUGAAGCUACUCGUGUGUGCCAUAAUCACCCAAUGAAAGCUACUUUAUGUGAUGUCAUCAUCUUACUUUUUCUCUCUCACAUACUUUCCAACACAUGAAACCUUCACUAUAUUUAAACAAUACCAUCAACCAUUUGAAUCAACGAUAUCAACAAGCAUGCAUAUUGAAAGUUAUCGAAAAACUUGAUUUCCAUACAAAAACGGCAAUCUUGAUAUCCAAACAGUAGCAAGUAUGUCUUGUCCAUGACACUAAAAAACUUCAGAGUAACAAAAUAAUCUUAAGGUUUCCAAAUACUCAUAAAGGGGAGAUUUGUAAACACUCAUAAAGACUGUCUCACAUCUUCAAUGCUUCAUUGCACAUGAAGCCCUCUUUUGUUGCACAUAUCUUUAGAACAUCUACAUAAGAAGGAAGACACGGGUUUAGACUAUAAAAACAAGCAGGCAGGGCAUAUCAUACUCAAAGGUGGAGAACAGAGGAAAAUGAUGCUCAAAGGCAACAUAAUAAGAAUAACGUGUUUUAUUUGCUUGUUAAAUUGACCCAACUAAUUUAUUUCAGCCAUGUAUGGAGUUGAUCGACCCGAAAGU